CGUCGGGCCAUUUAAAUCAAAACUGGGUAUUUUUCAGCGGAAAAGAUCUUAAAUGAAGUCUUCCGUCGAUGGUCGAUUAGCACUUCAGAAAAUACGUUUUGUGCUUUGCAUGCCCCUCCCCCUUCCAACUCCUGUACAAAUACACCGCGUACAAUUGCCCAAUUUCAAAGAUGUCAGGGGAGAUGGGGAAUCGUCAGAUUACAGACAAGGAACCAGACUUGACCUUGACCACUGAGGACUUGCAGUCGGCACAGACAGAAAGUGGAGAAUCUAACAAUGAUCAGUCUUCCAGGGAGGCGAGCUCACCAGAUGAGAGGGAUCCUUCGUUGACACAGGCGGAUCAGGCUUACUCAACGGUUAACCAACCUUUACACUGCCAAAGCUCUCAGCCAAUGGUGGCAGUGGACAAUCAGUACACAGUCUUGCAUGAUGAAAUGUCAUCUGGGGACGAGGAGCCAUCAUCGAGACCAUCCAUUCCCCAGCCGCUACGGUCACAGUCGUAUCCUUACAAAACUGGACAAAGGAAGAAGCCCAGCAAAACCAGCAGCCAAUCCACAACCUCAUCCAGAGCUCCAAAAUUGUCUCCACAGAGUCAUCAGUUCUUGGAAAAAUUCCACUUAAGGUUGGCUUGCAGGGAAUGCUAUGAUGGAAAGAAGUGUAAAUCAGCGUGUAAACAUCAGUGCCGUGGAAAUUUGCUUUUGUGUCAUCUUAAAUCACAGUCAGAAAAUGGGCAUAAGGUUUGGGGUGUCAUCCGUCAUCGAACUAGACCAGACUUUAAAGGCCAGUACCAGCUAUGCAAGAACAGCCGGACGACAAGCCAUUGUUGGGGAAAAGAUUGCUGGUACUGUCACAGUGAAGAAGAAAAAUACAUAUGGAGUGCAGAACAAAAGGGACAGUUUGAUAGACAGGAAAUUUCAGAGUUCCUAUGCAGGGAACAGAAUCUUCAACAGAAUCUUCCAAAGCUACCACCACCACCAUCUUCUGACACACCCGACGGUUUCCAAGUAGUCUCAAGACGAUCCACAAAACGGACUACCUCUGAAACAUCCACCGAAGGGGCUGCUUGCAACAGUAUUCCUCAAAAAACUGUCAGCCGGCCAGUGCAAAGAAAGAACUCAACACCAAUAAUUCUCAGCGCUGCAGAGAGCAGAGAUGAAUACAGCAAGUUGAUGGCCAAAGUUGGGGGCAACUUUGUGUAUCUCUGCGAGACGUGUUUCGAUAGCUCCCCACCAGUUAUGAGCAAAAGUUCAGCAGACGGUCGUCAUGGCACCAGCAAAGAGCAACACCCCUGGAGCAAAGUGUUGGUGCAUGUGCUCCAGAAAGAUGGUAAACAUCAGUACUUGAAAAUAAGGAAAGGAGCACGCUACAAGGCCAGCCUUUGCCGCCACAUUGAAAAACGCUUUGGAUGCCGGCGGGGGGACGCAUGCCAAUUUGCCCACAACAAGGUUGAGACUGAGGUAUGGCAGUGCCCUGUCCAUCAAAAGGAUAUUGUGCAAUUCUGUGAAUACACAUUUAUCCCAAGACUGCCUUACAGACUGAUGUAUGUUGAAGACGUGCCAGGUGUAACGUCACAUCAGGUUGUGUUGUACUCGGACAGCAGAAAAGAAUGGCAUCUUGUUCGAGAGCGCCAUCCUAAAUUCAAGCCAGGGAAGGCGCCUGUUUUAUGCAGAUAUGGAGAUCACUGUCGGAAGUAUUACUGCACAUAUCCACAUAUCCCAGAAGAAGCCGAAUUGUGGACUUACAUGGCAAAAUUUAAUUUGAGGACUCUGGACGAGGUCAUUUCAAUCGCAGCGAUAGCCGACAGCAGACAAGUGGCAAAUGGCACGGGGGCGUCUGCUCCGGAGCCAGUCAGGAUCCAGCCUUUCUGCUGCACCUACUGCGACAAGCACUUUGAGCGUAUUGCACAGCUGAAGGAUCACUUGCAGACUCUUGGCCACCUGUCGAGGGUUGAUUCAGAUGCGGAGAGGGAAUGGAAACAUCGGGAACCCCCCUGGAAUUUGGAGAGUGGGAAUUACAAAUUGUGUGAAGUGGUCGGAGGAGGCACAUGCUUGUCUGGUAGUUCUAUCGGUGAGGACAACAGUUGCACAAAGGCCCAUAGUCGAGAGGAACUGGAGGAGUGGAAGGAGCGUUAUACAUACUGCAUGGCUAAGAUGAAGACAGCCAAGGAGAGGAAACUGCACUCUUACAUGGGUGACCUGCUGUCAAUGCACGAAGCCGGGAUGGAUGUGUUCAAAGAGGAAGUGCCUGGUGUGGAGGUUGAAUGUGCAGAGGAGCUGAGAAGAUGCCAAGAAAUAGAGAGUAAAGCUGGAUCAACUGUGUUCCCCAUCAGCUGGACAUUCACCAUCAAAGCCGUGAACAAGAAACCUCUCCAGGAAGUGGGUUUGCUCUUUCCUGACCCCCACAUCAGGUUCCACCUGUCUCGUGCCCGAGACAAGCACCAGGUGUGUUCCGGUGGGGAUCUCAGUGAUGGCAGUGACACCUACCGAGUUCAAGUGGUAUUCUCUUCAGAAACCCUAGGAACCUUCAACCAGUGGGUAGUGUUCAACUUUGGCAGUGAACCGGUGUUAAUCCGUAAAUUGCAGGUUAAUGUUGGAGCAAGGGAUAUGCCAAUCCCCAGCGUGCCCAGCAGAAUACCUACUGAACCAUGGAACAACAGCAACAGCCAACUUGUCAAGUAUUCGGACCCUGCAAACAUGACCGCCAGCCAACAAGCAGAACGGAAUCUGGUUGAAGGACUGCAAGAGCGUUAUCCUUACCAAGCACCCCACAGGUACCGAGACCGCAGCAUCCUCUCCGAGGAGCUCAGCUGUGACAACUACAAAGAAGUCAUGCACAACGUGCUGUACUUGGAGGAGAAGGAGUGCAGCAGGAAGAUCUCCAAGUUUGCAACAUCCAGCAUCCUGAAGGUUGCGUCCCAAGUGGAACUGCCUGACGGCAUGCAUUUUGCUCCAAGAGGGUACUUGUUUGCCAGCAUCGACCUGCAGCAGGCAUUGAUAGAUGACACCGUGACCAGCCAGAUCAUUAUCAAGAGUGUCCAUAACAUACUGCUCAAGUUUGGUUCCACAAAAAAGAUCUAUGAGGCCGCCAUUUUUACGAAUCAGACAUUUGGGAAUGGAACUCAGCACAGCAUGUAUGUGAAGUUGAGCCCGCAGUGCGUUGCAGACCAGCAGCUGAUCAGUGGAACUGAGCGAGAUGUUACCAUCCAGCUGCAGCUGGACAGGACCCAGUUUGUCUUCAAGCAUUUUGCCAUUGAUCGGUUGCAGCAUAUGGACAUGGUACUGCCUGACCCAAACAAGCCACAAGAGCUGCCGGAUUCUGGUCAACGGUGGACCGACGACGGGACAAACCCACGACAGGACAAAAUCGUGCACUAUAUCACCACCUAUGGUGGGGAGGGAGCCCUUUCGAUGCCUGGCAUGGGGCCUGUACUCCUAUGUGGACCCUUUGGAACUGGGAAGACUUUCACAUUGGCAACAGCAGUGAUGGAGACAUUGACAGAACAGCCUGAGAGCAAAAUGCUGAUUUGUACACACUCAAACAGUGCUGCAGACUUGUACAUCACCAACUAUCUGCACAAGUUUGUGCAGAUGUCAAAGUCACGCCAACCGGAUCUGAAAAUGAUCCGCAUCUAUGCUACUUACCGUAACAUCAGCUCAAUCCAUCAUGAUGUCCAUGACUACCUGCUCCAAGACAAUGACGGCAACAUCCGCCUUCCCUCAGACGAGGAUAUAAGAGCUGCGCAAAUCGUCGUGACCACACUCACCACAGCAGUGCACCUUGUCUCACAGACUAUGCAAGGCUGUUUCUCUCACAUCUUGAUUGAUGAGGCCGGCCAGGUCUUGGAGGCCGAGGCGUUGAUGCCUCUUGCCAUGGCAACCAAAGAUACAUGCGUUGUCUUGGCGGGGGACCACAUUCAGAUGAGUCCCAAGAUUUUCUCGGAAACGGUGCGGAGUGCUGGAUUCGACAAGUCCAUCCUGGAGCGCUUGUUCCGGGCUAAGGCCUGCCACGUUUUUCUCACGGCUAACUACCGGACGUGCAAGCCAAUACUUGACUUCAUUGCCAAAACAUUCUACAACCAGGCAUUCUGCUCCAAGAUUGACCAACCUCUGCACGAGACACUCUACCCAUUAAUGUUUAUUGAGGUGAAAGGAACAGAUCAGCGAGUUGGGAAGUCUUACGUCAACACCCAUGAGGUUCUGGAAGUUGUGAGAAGGGUGAAGGAGUUGGAUCAAACUUGGCCAGCAGAAUGGGGACCUUUCAGACACGAAAGCAGCAUCGGGGUUAUUGCGCCGUGCAUAAUGCAGGUACGCGUAAUCCGUGAUGCUUUGCGUAAGGAAAGACUGGGCCAUGUCACUGUUGAAACAGUGGAUAAUGUACAAGGAAAGCAAUUCCGAGCUGUGAUCAUCAGCACAGUGCGAACACAUAAAACCCUAUCCAAGUCCAGCCCAUCAGCAGGUGUCCUAGAUGAGAAGGAUUCAGAGUUCUACUCCAGCUUCUUCUCCGAUCCCAAGAUGCUCAACACGGCCUUCACCCGUGCCCAAUCACAGCUGAUUGUAGUCGGUGAUCCGGCGGCUCUGUGCUCUGUGGGCAGCUGUUCGACAAAGUGGAGGAAGUACCUGAAAGAGUGUGAAGAAAACCAGAGCCUCCUUCCCUUGGGGACAACCAUAAGUGGCAUUCAUGCUGAGAUCAGAGGUGCAAGUCAAAGACUGAAUCCAAACGCUGUGCCAUUUCAGCCAGCCAGUUACAAGAAGCGUAAUCUACCUGAAGAUGAUGGCAGUGAAUUCAACAAGGCAAGUGUUUCACCCCAGCAAGGACCUGAUGACCAGGAUGGCCACUCUGACACUGACUCCUUGUCCACUUAUGACGAUGAGAGUGACUGUGAAGACGACAUGCUUUCAGAGCUUCAAAGACAGGUCAUGGAGGAUGAGGAGGACAUGCGAGAGGCUGCCCAGCAGGCAGAGAGUGCUUCAAAGGUGCACGUGCAAGUAGCACGAGAUGAGGAUGAUCGAGUGAGCAAUGCAAAGGUUCACAUGAAGGUAGCACAAGGUGAAGGAGCCGAACAAGAGAGCAUCGCAAAGGUGCACCAACGUUGGGCGAAAGAUGGGGGAGCUGAACAAGAGAGCAUCGCAAAAGUGCACCAACGUAGGACACAAGAUGGGGAAGUUGAACAAGAAAGCAUUGCAAAAGUGCACCAACAUAGGGCACAAGAUGGAGGAUCUGAACAAGAGAGCAUCGCAAAAGUGCACCAAUGUAGGGCACAAGAUGGGGGAGCUGGGAAUCCUAAUCCACAUCAUCUUAAGGACCAAAGUGUGUCCAAGAACCAUCUUCUCAGUUCUAGGACUGCUAUUUUGCAUGGGAUAUCUGACAAUCAGCAGGCAAACCAAGAACAGGCUGGACCCAGCAAGAUUCAAAACACAAUUCAGUCUCAGCCUGUGGUCAAGUCAGACAUCCAAAUGAAGCCAGGGGGUUCUAAAACAAAAGGCAAAAAGACCACAAUGAUUCGUGCUGAUCACCUUUUGAAGUUCAAAUCAGUUUACCGUUCCGGACUUGUUGGAGCAGCCGAUUAUGAAGAUGGUGCUGAUGAGACUGAGGAAGAAGAGAAUCUCAAGAUGAUGGAUAAAGAGUCACAGAGGGAAGGGUUAAGACUUGUAGAAAGACAACCAGACAAAUACAAAAUUUGCUCAUUCAAGUUUGAGAUUUCUGCAUUUGCUUAUGCUGUCCCUAGGGGAGAAAAUUCUUCCAAACAGGUCUGCAUCAAUGGAAGAAAGAACCGGGGGCAGGCAUUACACCUGGAUGAAGUUGUGGUCGAGAUCCUUGAGGGUGAUGCUGAUGGUGAUUUAGAAACCACUGAUGCUUGUGUAGAGACAAAGAUUUAUGGCAAGGUUAUCUGCAUCUUGAAAAGAACAACUAACCCCAAAAGAAUGAAAAUAGUUUGUACCUUGGAUAAAUAUACUGACAAUCUUAUGGUACCCGUAAACCACACAUUCCCCAAGUUGUACGUUAUAUCUGGCAAAGGUGUCAUGAAGGGGCGCAAGACUAGUGGUCCAUCAGCAGACUUUGUCCCAGUGUCAGUUUUCAGGAGCAAGAGACCACAUGGACAGAUGUGCCUAGAGAGGGUGGUGAAGGUUUCUAGACAAGACAGGCAAAAAAAACUUUUCCUUGUAAAGUACUUGAAAUGGGAGGAUGACAACCGCUAUCCUGUGGGCUAUGUCACUGAAGAGCUGCCUGUUGGUGACAAUAAAGAAGAUGGAUUGCUCAUUCUAAAGCACAUCCAUGGUGUAAGGGAUGCAUUCCCACUCACUGCCAUCAGAGAUGUUGAGAGCAUCUGUCCUUCAGACUGGCUGAUUCCAGACGAAGAAAUGCAGUCUCGGAAAGACUUCAGACGCAAGUCCGUUUUCACAGUUGACCAUCCAGAGACCCAAGACAUAGAUGAUGCCUUGAGCAUUGAGGUGGAUAAUGGGAUAAUUGAAGUGGGCAUUCACAUUGCUGACGUAUCUCACUUUGUCCCAGUAGCCUCAGCAUUGGACAAGGAAGCCAUGGAAAGAGCAGUGUCAUUUUAUCCGGCAUUUUCAGAGCCAGUUGGGAUGCUUCCCCCACAGCUGAGUACUAACCUGUGCAGUUUACUUCCUGGCCAAGAUAGACUUGCUGUCUCUGUCAUUUUUACCAUGCAGCAAGAUGGAUCAAUUUCACAGUCUCAGUUUGUGCUCUCUGUUAUUAACUCUAAGAAGCGAGUGACAUUUAAAGAGGCAGAGCAGAUGAUCAUGACUUCAGACCAUCAACAAGAAGGAUCUAUAGAGGAGAAGAUCAGGCUCCUAAGCAAACUAGCUCAAGCACGAAGACAUGCCCGUCUGUCUGAUGGCUAUCUAGCUUAUUCCCACAACCCAGAGGAGAAAGAGCUUUGUCACCCACUUGCGUCCUCUAUGGUGGAGGAAAUGAUGCUGAUUGCCAAUGAGGAAGUAUCAAAGUUCUUACUUAGUAGGUUCCCUGACCUCACUCCUCUCAGAAGCCAGCUUCCACCAGACGAAGAGAAAGUCACUACCUGGCUGAACAACCACAGAGAGAACAUACCAAACAGCUUCUACCUUCAGUCUGAUCCCACCUUGCAGGGUAAAGGAGAGUGCACAAAUGCUCAUGAGGAUGUCAACAUCUUGAAAGACACUAUGAAGAAGCUGUUGGCCAUCAUCCACUUGCCCAAUGAGGCAUCCCAAAAAAUGGUCAAGAUCACAGACAUCAUCUGCUCAGAUGAAAAUCACCCUCAGCUAGCUGUGGCCCAGGCAGAAUUACAUCAUCUUCAGGAGCGAGCAACAUACAUCAGUUCUGGCGAUUAUGAAGAUGGCCAGAAAAGGAAGCAUCACACCUUGAAAAAGCCUUCUUACACCCACUUCACAUCACCUAUUCGACGGUACAUUGACAUUGUGGUGCACAGGUUGCUUAAAGCAGAAUUGCCGAACAGGGGGGAAGAGCUCAGGCCGUAUGCAAGUGAAGAUUUGUCACUGAUUUGCCAUCACUGCACCAAUCAAAGCAUUAUGGCGAAACAUUUUGAGAAAGAAACCAUGAGCUUCCACUUGGCACUCAAGCUGAAAGAGACACCUCACAAGGUCAACGCAUUUGUCCAUGCCAUCGGAGAGUCCAGCCUGCAGCUGAUGUUCCCAUAUCGCAGCUUUGUUCCAAGGACCACCCAAACUGUUCCUUACCAACAUCUCAGCCCAAUGACAAAACCUGACCUUACUGAUGCUACAGAAGUCAACCUGGCAUGGAAGAUGCGCAUUUAUGAUGUGAACAUGCCGCCAAUUCAAAGCAUCAAAAGCCCUUUCAAACUCGACUCAGAGCAGUCCAUUGUGAAAAUCCCCUCAGCUGACAUGCAGAAGCUGCUGUGGGGAAUUAAAAACAAUAACUUCAACUGCAUUCAGUGUGUCGUGAAAAGAGUCAAUAAGAACCACCUACAACUGGAGGAAGACAAAAGCCAACAUCUGAAGGCACCAGACGGCACAUCGCUGCCAGUUGCAGAAAUAGCACAGACAGUGGACUCUGAUGGGAACCCCUUCCCUUUUACAGACUUCUUCCGUGACUUUAAGCAGAGUGAUGUUGUGGAAGUCUGUCUAGCUGUGUCCAUAUCCAGGGGCAUGAUACAACCCAGUGUUCAGCAUUUCAAACUGACUCCAAAGCUGGGUUUGUGUCAAGAACAUAGAGACGAACCUGCCGAGAGUUUUGAUGUGGUGGCCUCAAAACGGGCAGUCCGAUGCAGCACCGUGGAGAAAUACCAGAACAUCUGGCUGCCAAUCCUGGAAGUAAUGAGCGUUCACAACGCAGUCCACAGCAAUGAAAGCAUUUUCAUCCAAGGGCUGAAGAUCAAUUGGGACUAUGACAGAUCAACUGGUACUUGGUCAGGAAGGUUCAGUCUCACUGCCUCCUUCUGUGAAAGGUGGCACAUAAGAUUCAGUUUUCCCAACAAAUCAGAAGAGUCUGAUAAGCCUGACAACGAGGAAAUGAGUAAGGAACUUGAAGUCGACUUGGACUACCUGUGCAUCAGCUACACUGACCUUCCCCUGUCGGACGAGGCAAAAGUAGCUCUCCGAGAGCAGCAGUACAAACUACAAAGUAGUACUGACUUACCAGAGGGGAUGGUAGUAACGGCUCAUGCAGCAGUGACUGAUGUGACACGUUAUAAGGGUAAUCAAAUCGUCCAUUUUGAUGUGAAGAAGCUCAGCUCACCAUUUCCCAAGAUCCUGUUGGAGUCUGCCGAGAGGUUUUUCUGCACUGUGGAAGUGAUUCCCAAGCAAGAGCAAGACAGGCGACUUGAGACUGCCGUGCGGAGUUUGGAAAAGGCAUCCCCACUUAUAAAGGACAUCUGCCUGCAGAGAAGACCAGUCGGCGGACUGACUUUGAAUCUGCCCACGCUGGCUGUUACCACCGAAACCCCAUUUGGCGAGUUGAAUGAAUCUCAACAGAUUGCAAUCUCCCAUGCUCUCAAGCAGGCAUUCACUGUAAUCCAGGGGCCCCCAGGCACUGGAAAGACAAUCGUUGGUGCGAAGCUGACUUCCCUCUUCGUUGAACGUAACAAGUGCUUGACAUGUUGUGCCAAAACACCUCAUGUUCUGUACUGUGGACCCUCUAAUGAGUCGGUGAACGUUGUUGCUGGCUAUCUGAAGAGGUUUCAUAAUCUGAGGGUGGUCCGUGUCUACAGCGAGACAAUAGAACGACAGAAAUUCCCCAUCCCCGGGGACCCAGUCGAGAUUUGCCAAAAUAGAACCGGCCAGGAGAACAAAAUGGACAGUCGGCUGGAUGACAUUGCUCUGCAUAACCUGAUCCGGAGGCCCAGCAACACUCACAGUGAGAAGAUCAAGGAAUUUGACCAACUCUUCAGCCAACCUAAAUACAAGGCUUCCCAGGAUAAAAUAUGGCAGUACAGGAAGGAGGUUGCUAAAGCUGAGGAGGAGGAACUAAGUAAGUACGAAGUCAUCUUGUGCACAUGUAACGCUGCAGGGAGUCGGCGUAUCAGGGACAAUGCCAAUGUGGUGCAGUGCAUCAUUGAUGAGGCAGGGAUGUGCAGCGAGCCAGAGACACUGAUCCCACUGGUUGCCACCGGCCCCGAGCAGAUCGUGCUCAUUGGUGACCACAAACAACUCAGGCCCAUCAUCAAAUCCAAACUUGCUGAGGAUCUUGGCAUGGGAAUCUCUAUGCUGGAGAACUGCAAAGACAGUGUCCACAUGCUGACAACUCAGUACAGAAUGCACGAAUCCAUCUGUAAGUUCCCCUCCGACACCUUCUACAAGAGCAGGCUGGAGACUGCCGAAGCGGUGAAGCAAAGGCGGCCCGAGCUGAGAGGGCAGCAUAUCUGGCCAGGGGGACCAACCUUCCGGAAUGUGUUCUGUCAUGUUCAGGGUCGGGAGGAAACACUGACCGUGAAGGCCGCAGAGGGCAACGAGAUGUCCAAGGCAAAUCCGGCAGAAGUCGAGCAAGUGGUGAAAAUUGUCACCAGCUUGAUACUUCAAUGCAAGAUCAAGGGAAAGAGGAUACUUGUGUUGUCCCAGUACCGACUGCAGUGUGCCAAGAUAAAGGAGAAAAUAAGGGAGGCAAUUGCAAAGCAAAAGAAGUAUCACCUGAGAAGAGAACUCAAGAACGUGACAGUCAGUACUGUCAUUACUAGUCAAGGUGGAGAGAGGGACUACGUGGUAUUCUCCACAGUGCGUUCACUGCCCAGGCAAGAGAUCGAGGACAAGCCUACCCUUGGAUGGAAACACCGCCACCUGGGCUUCAUCAUGGAUGACAACCAGAUAAACGUGGCCCUCACCAGAGCCAGGAAUGGUCUCAUCAUUGUUGGCAAUCAACGCCUUCUGCAGGUGCAUUCUACGUUGAAGGAACUGCUGGACUAUUACCGACGAAAUGGCGCUGUCCUGAAUGCACACACUUUCUUGCGUCGGAUGAUCACUGAUAACCAGAACCAGUGAAUACAAACUUGAAACUAUAUCUACCAGAUUUCCUUUCCAGCCAGCAAUUUUUCAGAUAACAGCAACUUCAUGUUUGUCAGUAGGACACAAGAUCCUCUGGAGGGUCAAGGAUUUUUUUAAGGGGGGAGGGUGGUCCUGCCCUAAAGCUGGGCAUACAAGUCCGGAACUUUUUUCAUUAUUUGUAACUAAUGUAAUUUGUAAAUAAUGUAAUUUGCCAUGCAGGAUGAUGCGAUUAGUUAGAGUUACAUCCUAGUCAGUCACUAGAACUACAGUUUAAAAAAAAAAGAAUUCUUGUGUAUGAUUUAACUUCAAGAGAGGAAGUUUUAGACACGGUCUUUUGAUAUGUAAAUAAUUACCUUCAGUUAAAUGGAAGAAGUGGUCUGUUACAUGAACCAAGCCCUAAGAUUCACCUUUGACAGGAUUGGCUUGGGUUUAUAAUUGUAAAUAAUUAAAUGUAAUUUAGCCAUGUAGGGUGGUGUGAAUACUCAGCUUCUGGCAGUCACUCAAAUUGUAUUGACGUAAAACAAAAGAAGGGAAAAAGAAAUCUAAACUUUUCUCAGCAUUCAUAAGGUCAACCUGUGUGACAGCGAAUCUUCAAUUAAGAGGCCCAGUUUAUCCAGCCUUGUUUUCAUGGGCACAAUCUUGCCACGCCAUGUUGGUUCCAACUAUUCCUUGUGCAGUCUUAACCCCUGGUAUUGUAAGAUUGAAAUAUCCCACUAUUUGAGAGAUUUAAAUUGGGACUGUAAUUGAUAUGUAUAAUCAUCUUGAAUAGCCAGUCAGUAUUUUAUGACCAUAGGCUAUGAAGAAACACGCAUACAGCCCAUGGAGUCAAGGUUUCAGUUUACCCAUUGUACUUUCUAGAAACAUCGAGUCAUUUUCUUUUUAUUUGCUCUUGCUUUCCCUUGUAGGUCUUAUUAAUUCACCAUCCCAGGUAAAAGAUCAUGUCUCUUCAAUUAAACAUUUUUUUAGCUCUGCUGAAACUGGCAUCUAAACAGAGCUUCUUUCUAAGCACUUAGUUUUUAACUCCUUAGGUAAUCUAUCGCCCAGCUCCUUUUUGUACAGCAUGUAGUAUAUAAAAUCAUGCAUUUAAUGUGCAAGUCUAGUUAUGUUUUCCAUUAUUUUUGUACUCAUUUCCAUCAUUUUGAUACCUUUCCAACUUAAAUGUUUUUGUGUAAAACCUGUACCAUUUUGUCGUAGAUCUAAGGUGCAAUUCCUUGAACUGGUUGUGUUCAAUGACAAGUUCAUCUUUGUGGCAUUUUAUCCAUGUUAGAGAUCUGCUAAGCUCCUUCCUAAGAGAAACACUCUGGCAUCUUGACUAUUUUAUUUCUGUCCUCAAGGGCAGAUCCAGAACUGAAGUUUUGGAUGGGGCAAAUGGUUAUUUGGUAAUCAAAAGUUUCACAAUUUUUUCCAUGUCAUCUUUCCUGUCCUCUCUGAAGGCUGAAGCUACAGAGGGUAUCAUAAUUACAUCAUGUCAUCUGAACAGUUAGAUGUUCAACAUGUAAAUAAUAUGUGACUUUAUAAAUACAUGAUGUAUAUAACAAAAAUCUAAUGUACAUGUAGUUUGAUUAUGUUUGUAGUUAUGAUGUAUAUAACACACGUUUAAUGUAGUUAGAUUUCCCAUUGAUUGGUCUCUUGUAGUAGCCUAUGUAUAUUGUAAUCCAGAAAUAUAUGUAAAACAGUGCAGGUUUGGUGUCUGUUGGUAAUCGAGGGUGAUGUGUUAUUCAAAAAAUCAAAUUAUUUUUCUGAAGUGUUCUGAUGAGCUGUGUAGUUUACGUUUUUACAUGUUAGUGUAGGCUAGUGCAAGGAGUAGUGGUAUUUUUCAUUAAUCCUAACCCCAAGGCCCUUUUACUAGGAACCAUCCUCAAUCCUCUGAAAUCCUCCUAUUUUCAACAUGAAAAAAGUACAUUCACCCUCAA